UUUUUUUUUUUUUUGUCUAGAAUAAGCCGUGUUUUAUUAUUGUUCGUGACGUGACGUGACAGAUGUCACCAGGGUGAGCGGGGACGAUGACCCACUUCACGGACCGGAAGUCCGCCAAAUGCUCAAAUUAAUGUUAUUUGCUUCCAUCUUGUUGCCCCCCCCCUUCCACUCCCCCCACUCCCACAUCCACGCGAGUUUCACCGCAGCGGAGGUGAAGGACGGAAAGGGGGAGGGAUCGAGAGGGAAGUGAGCAGCGGGACUUUUCCCCUUUUUCCACGCGUGUGAUGUCCGUGGGAGCAGAGAAGAGAGGAGAAGAGACUUCCAAAGUUAUUUCCUAACGGGACGGACGAGCAGCCGGAAUGUUGCCGGUGAUCCUGACCGUGUACCUCAAUGACACCCAACAGAUGCUGACCGAGGUCCCAGUGACUCCUGCAACCAGAGUGGUAGACGUGGUGGAAUACUGCAAAGAGGCGGGCGAAGAGGAAUGUCACUUAGCAGAAAAAUGGAAUGGAAAUGAGCGAGUUCUCCCUCAGGAGUUGCCCCUCCUGGACCUCCUUCAACAGUGGGGAGCCAGGAGGCCACAAGUCAGCUUCUACCUGCGCCACUGUCCCUCCUGGUCACAAGGAAAUCAGCAACCAUUGGAGACCACUCGGACUAUAGACCUGAGGGAGAGCACUAAUGGCAGUGUUCCCUGUGCGGAGCUGACCCUCUCCCAGCUGCAGGAGAUGGCCACAAGACAGCAGCAACACAUGGAAGCUCAGCAACACAUGUUGGUGGCCAAGGAACAGCGGUUGAGGUAUCUUCAACAGGGAGGCAGAUCCAACCAGGGACUGACACAGUCGGAAGCUGAGAAGCUACAGCGGCUGAAGGAGCGAGUGGAGACCCAGGAGGCAAAGCUGAAGAAGAUCCGAGCCAUGAGAGGACAAGUGGACUACAGCAAACUGAUCAACGGCAACCUCUCCGCAGAGAUUGACCACGUGAGCAACCUGUUUCAAGAGAAGCAGGCAGAGCUGCAGUCUGCCGUGGUCCGAGUCGACCAGCUGACCCAACAGCUGGAAGACCUGAGGAAAGGACGCCUUCAAAUGCAUUCCGCCGCGUCCCAGAAGGGGACACUCACCAGGGGCGUGACCGCCGGGAUGAAAGGGUCUCCGCUAUCAGGCACCGCGGCUUUGGAACUGAGGAAACUCUACCAAGAGUUACAGGCUCGUAACCAUCACAACCUGGAGCGCGGCAGCAAGUUUGCCCAGAGCAAGGAGCUGCUGAACAAGAAGAACAGCCAGGUGACAGCCAUGGACCAGCGCAUUGGAGACCUGAGGGAGCGACUGCAUAAGAAACGAGCAGAAUUGGCUCGCAUGAACGGAGGAGGCCCGGCCUUUCCUCAAAGUUCUGCCCGUCCCAGCGGUGGAGUCUCAGGCCGAGUGGCUGCAGUUUGCCCCUACGUCAAAGCUCCACCAGAAGGGGGACAGGAAGUCGGAUACAAGCUCUCGCCCGACCCGUCGCCCAAAGCCACUCCGCUCACUCACAUCCGCUCCUUGUCGGACGAGGACAGGAGUGGCGUCAGGAAGCCUCCCAGUCAAUGGCAAGUGUCAGAUUUAGACAUCGUCCUGUCAGAUGGAAACGACACCUGCCAAGGGCCUCGGUCUCCCCAGGGGUUCAAGAGUGACACUAACAGCGCCACCAGUGAUGCAUCGUGGACCAGCACUGGUGCAAAUGUGUCCAAUUGGAAGACCAACGCUCCAGAACAGCUCCCUUACGGCUAUGGCACCUACCCCAGUGCCAGCCACCAGGCAGCGGGGCAUCACUGCUCCACCAGCUCCCUCCCUCGCUCUGCCCCUGGCACCCUGGGCUGGCCUCCAACCAGCACCUCAUAUUUGUCCUCACCAACCCCAAACGCCAACCAAGGCUCCGCCUCCAGCGCCCGCUCAUCUCCCCUGCCCCACCAGAGCGAGCGCAGCGACCCUCCUCCGGCUGUGGCUGUACGUCCAUACGUGCCCGAGCAGCCCUCCAGGCCCCAGUCUCCGAGGAGAGGCCCCGCCACCAUGAACAGCAGCUCCAUCUACAACAUGUACCUGCAGCAGCCGCACACCAAGCACUACGGCUCUCUCUCCAGGAGCAGUGGCAGAGCAAUCUACGGGAAGCCCAUCCUGCCUGCAUCUUCUACAGCCGCCUCCCCGCUGCCCUUCCUGCAGGGAGGAGGCACGAGGCCAGCAGAAGAUGUCGCAGACAAGGAAGAAGGACAAGAAGUUGGAGGAGGAAAAGCUGAGGAUGGGCAAGUCCUCCCUCCUCCUAACGUGGACAACAUCCCUCGUCCUCUCAGUCCUACCAAGCUGACUCCAGUUGCCUACUCCCAACUUCGGUACCAGAGCGAUGUUGACCUGGAAGUCCUCCGCCGCCGCCUCAGCAACGCCCCACGACCCCUGAAGAAACGCAGCUCCAUCACUGAACCCGAGGGCCCCCAGGGCCCCAACAUCCAAAAACUACUGUACCAGAGGUUCAACACCUUGGCUGGAGGCAUUGACGGCGUCUCAGGCAACACCUUCUACCAGCCCGAUCGUCUUCUGGGGGACGUGGACCGCAGCCACUCGGCAGAGGGGAAUGUCCCAGAGGGUCCGGCGCCAGAAGACACGGAAGUCCAGAACCUGAACCUGGACUGUCGUCGCUUAUCCCCGGCGGCCUGCGAUAUGUCCGCUGAGGCGACGACCGCGGGACAAACCAAACACAACGGCUCCUCAUGGCCGCCAAGUAGAGGUCCCUUGGCGCCCGUGAGGCCCGAAGACCUGGAUAAAAACAACUCGGAUUCUAGUCCGGCCCGUAAAGUCACGAGUCACGUUUUGCCCUCGCCGUCACCGCCUGCACCUGCGUCACAGCCUCCCAAGGGCAAACGCAGCAACUUGAAGAAGCUGAGGUCAGAGCGCACGGGACACGGACUGAGGGUGAAGUUCAACCCUCUGGCUCUGCUGCUGGAUGCCUCGCUGGAGGGCGAGUUCGACCUGGUGCAGAGGAUCAUAUAUGAGGUGCAAAAUCCCAGCAUGCCAAACGAUGAAGGCAUCACUCCUCUCCACAACGCCGUGUGCGCCGGUCAUCACCACAUUGUCAAGUUCCUGCUGGACUUUGGAGUCAACGUCAACGCAGCAGACAGCGACGGCUGGACCCCCCUGCACUGUGCAGCUUCAUGCAACACACUUCACCUGUGUAAGAUGCUGGUGGAGUCAGGGGCCGCCAUCUUUGCACAAACUAUCAGCGACGUGGAAACUGCAGCAGACAAAUGUGAAGAAAUGGAGGAGGGCUACACGCAGUGCUCGCAGUUCCUCUAUGGCGUCCAGGAGAAGUUGGGCGUGAUGAACAAAGGCCUGGUCUACGCCCUCUGGGACUACAAGGCCCAGCAGCCGGACGAGCUGACCUUCAGCGAGGGCGACGCCCUGACGGUCGUACGGCGGCGUGACGACACCGAGACCGACUGGUGGUGGUCUCGACUCGAGGAGCGCGAGGGGUAUGUUCCUAGGAACCUGCUGGGGCUGUAUCCCAGGAUCAAACCCAGACAACGCUCGCUGGCCUAGAACCCAGACCAUCCAGAAGGAGAGUCAGUUUUUUUACUCCAAGGAUGGAGGCGAUUGGAGAAGAGGAGCAACUCCCACUUGAGUGACUUUUAUUUUUCACAAAGGCUGGAUAGCGCCGCCUAGUUGUUGCUCGGCGCUUCCGCCAAAUAAUCCUCAGCAACAUCUCGCCUGAAUGUAGACAAAGUUGUGCGACGAGGCGGCAGGUUUGAAAUGAUGCGACUCUGGCUGCGUCUCAACUGGUGCACACCGACUCCGAGGGCCUGAUCGACUAAGUCCUCCCCUAAAUCGGCAAAAUAGAGAGCACCAUCCAACUGGCGUGAUGUUCAAAACCCCUCAAAAGCAGUGAAGUUGUCAUGUUAGUAAAAAAUACAACCAUCCAUCUAACCAUCUUCUUCCGCUUAUCCGAGGUGGGGUCGCGGGGGCAGCAGCCUAAGCAGACCUCCCUCUCCCCAGCCACUUCGACCUCACCAACUUAUAUUCAAUUGAAUAGACUGCAAAGACAAGAUACUUGAAAUUCAAACUGGUAAACGUUGUUAUUUUUUGCAAAUAUUAGCUCAUUCGGAAUUUGAUGCCUGCAACGUGUUUCCAAAAAAGCUGGCACAAGUGGCAAAAAAGACUGAGAAAGUUGAGGCGUGCUCGUCAAACACUUAUUUGGAACAUGCCACAGGUGAACAGGCUAAUUGGGAACAGGUGGGUGCUGUCACACUACAUGUCUUCACUGAGCUUGCUCCACCAUUUAACUCCAUUUUCUACCGCUUGUCCCUUUUUGGGGUGGCGGGGGCUCGCUGGAGCCUAUCUCAGCUGCUUUCCGGCGGAAGGCGGCGUACACCCUGGACAAGUGGCCACCUCAUCGCAGGGCCAACACGGAUAGACAUACAACAUUCAUGUUGCCAAUCAACCUAUCCCCAGGUGCAUGUCUUUGGAGGUGGGCGGGGCUUAUCCCCAGGUGCAUCUCUUUGGAGGUGGGCAGGGCUUAUCCUCAGGUGCAUGUAUUUGGAGGUGGGAGGGGCCUAUCCACAAGUGAAAGUGUUUGGAGGUGGGAGGGGCCUAUCCCCAGGUGCAUGUCAAUGGAAGUGGGAGGGGCCUAUCCCCAGGUGAAAGUCUUUGGAGGUGGGAGGUGCCUAUCCCUAGGUGCUUGUUUUUGGAGGUGGGAGGGGCCUAUCCCCAGGUGCAUGUCUAUGGAGGUGGGAGGGGCCUAUCCCCAGGUGAAAGUCUUUGGAGGUGGGAGGUGCCUAUCCCUAGGUGCUCGUUUUUGGAGGUGGGAGGGGCCUAUCCCCAGGUGAAAGUCUUUGGAGGUGGGAGGUGCCUAUCCCCAGGUGAAAGUCUUUGGAGGUGGGAGGUGCCUAUCCCCAGGUGCUUGUUUUUGGAGGUGGGAGGGGCCUAUCCCCAGGUGCAUGUCGUUGGAGGUGGGAGGGGCCUACCCCCAGGUGCAUGUCUUUGGAGGUGGGAGGGGCCUAUCCCCAGGUGCAUGUCUUUGGAGGUGGGAGGGGCCUAUCCCCAGGUGAAAGUCUUUGGAGGUGGGAGGGGCCUAUCCACAAGUGAAAGUGUUUGGAGGUGGGAGGGGCCUAUCCCCAGGUGCAUGUCUAUGGAAGUGGGAGGGGCCUAUCCCCAGGUGAAAGUCUUUGGAGGUGGGAGGUGCCUAUCCCCAGGUGCUUGUUUUUGGAGGUGGGAGUGGCCUAUCCCCUGGUGCUUGUUUUUGGAGGUGGGAGGAGCCUAUCCCCACGUGCAUGUCUUUGGAGGUGGGAGGGGCCUAUCCCCGGGUGCUUGUUUUUGGAGGUGGGAGGAAGCCGGAGUACCCGGAGGGAACAUGCAAACUCCACACAGAAAGAUCCCAGCCUGGGAUUGAACCCAGGCUUACUUAGGACCUUCGUAUUGUGAGGCAGAUGCACUAACCCCUCUACCACCGUGCUGACCCCCAUUUAACUCCUAAAAUUGAAAAACAUUAAUAUUUUUUUUAUUCCUUCUUACUUUCCCUUUUUCAAAGACCAAUACCCCCCGUAAAAGAUAGUAUUCUCCUUUUUAUUGAAAUAAUCUAAGAAUACAAGCUGUAAAGUGUCAAGAUGGGCGGGGCGGGGUUUCGCAGCUUACUGCGGGGUUUGUUCUCCCGGGAUGCAAACAGACUACUCUGGACCAGGCUUGAAGGUGGGAACAUUUUUCAAUGAAUAACUAUCAAACAAGAAGGCGCACGAAGCAAAAAUGCAACUUAGACAGAUCUAUGGACAAGAAACCAAACUCUCUAAACUGCAGCAUGAAUAAACAAAACUUUCUUGGCAUGAAAAGGAGCAGCAUGAACUAUUGUGAAAGGAGCAGCAUGAACUACGGCAUGAAAACGAGUAAUGUCGCCAGACCGACUGACUGGCACGGGCGGUUUUUGAAUAGAAGUCUCUUGAUUACAAACAGGUGCGCGUCCCAAACACCAGAGGCAGGUGGAAAUGUAAGUCGCCGUGGUAACUAAAACAAACAAGGGUGCACGAAAACAGGAACUAAUGAACUAACAAAAACAUGAUCCGUACCACGGAUAAUGCACACCCCAAAUAUUGUGGGAGAAAUUCGGGACAAUGGUUACUCCAGAAGAUUUUUGAGAGGGGCAGCGAAAUUCGGGAAUCUCCCAGGAAAAUGGGGAGGGUUGGCAAGUAUGUUGUGUUACAGCACCACCGCCGCUGUAUAGUACCGGCGGGCCAGCUCUAAUGUUAAUUUAGAAUUGCCUCAAGGGCCAAAUGAAAUUACACUUUUGGCCCGCGGACCAGAGUUCGACACCCGUGUUCUAUUCCAUGAUUUAGCCGUCAGCAAAGGAAAAUCCACAGAUCAGCCGCACCUUUGUAUGAGCCGCAGGGUUCAAAGCUGGGGGGGGAAAGUCAGGGCUUACAGUCCGGAACAUGUGGUAGUUCUUUUUGAGACGCAGCCACCGUCUGGUAGGACUUCAGUAGUCUUCAGGUGUGUUCCCAACAUGAUCACCAGGUAAUGAAUGCACACCAUGUAAAAGGGUGAGGGACUGAGCAAAGCCAGUGUAAAAGGUAAGGAGAGACAAGUAUGUGGUGAAAGGUGAGACAUCCAUUGGUGGUUUUCAAGUAGUUCAAGAUUACCCAGCAGGCACCAGACAUUGAAACAACGUUGAGAACUUGUUGAAUUAGGUUCUGAUGUUCAGCAACUCAAACAUAACGUUGAAACAACAUGCUUGUUGACAACGUUUAAUCAAUGUUGUUUCGAUGUUGAUUUGACAUUGAAAUGUGGUCAUUUCUCAACCAAUAUUCUAGAACACAAAUACAACGUUAAAACAUGCUUUUUGAAAACAUGUAUUCAAUGUCAGGUUGUGACAUUGAUUUAACGUGGAAAUGUGGUCAUUUCCCAACCAAUAUUGUCCAACACAAAUACAACGUUGAAACAACACACUGUUGACAAAGUUUAUUCAACGUUGAUUUAACAUUGAAAUUUUGUAAUUUCCCAACCAAUAUUCUACAACACAAAUACAAUAUUGAAACAACAUGCUUUUUAAUGUUUAAUCAAUGUUGCUUUGAUGUUGAUUUAACAUUGAAAUUUGGUCAUUUUCCAACCGAUAUUCUACAACACAAAUACAACAUUGAAACAACAUGCUUUUUGACAAUUUAAUCAAUGUUGGGUUCUGACGUUGAUUUGACAUUGAAAUGUGGUCAUUUUCCAACCGAUAUUUUACAACACAAAUACAACGUUGAAACAACAUGAUUUUUAACGUUCAAUCAAUGUUGUUUUGAUGUUGAUUUGACAUUGAAAUUUGGUCAUUUUCCAACCGAUAUUCUACAACACAAAUACAACGUUGAAACAACAUGCUUUUAGACAACGUUUAUUCAGUGUUGCGAUUUGACGUUGAUUUAACGUUGAAAUUAGGUCAUUUUUCAACCAGUAUUCUACAACACAAAUAAAACGUUGAAACAUGCUUUUUGACGUUUAUUCAAUGUUGGCUUCUGACGUUGAUUUAACAUUGAAAAAAGGUCAUUUCCCAACCAAUAUUUUAUAACACAAAUAAAACGUUGAAAGACCAUGCUUUUUAACGUUUAAUCAAUGUUGCUGUGAUGUUGAUUUGACAUUGAAAUUUGGUCAUUUUUCAACCAAUAUUCUACAACACAAAUACAACAUUGAAACAACAUGCUUUUUGACAAUUUAAUCAAUGUUGGGUUCUGACGUUGAUUUGACAUUGAAAUGUGGUCACUUCCCAACCAAUAUUUUACAACACAAAUAAAACGUUGAAACAACAUGCUUUUUAACGUUCAAUCAAUGUUGUUUUGAUGUUGAUUUGACAUUGAAAUUUGGUCAUUUCCCAACCAAAAUUCUACAACACAAAUACAACAUUGAAACAACAUGCUUUUUGACAAUUUAAUCAAUGUUGGGUUCUGAUGUUGAUUUGACAUUGAAAUGUGGUCAUUUCCCAACCAAUAUUCUACAACACAAAUACAACGUUCAAAAUACAUGCUUUUUGACAAUGUUUAAUCAAUUUCAGGUUGUGACGUUGAUUUGACAUUAAAAUUGGGUCCUUUCCCAACCAAUAUUCUACAACACAAAUACAACGUUGAAACAACGUGCUUUUUAAGAGCGUUAAAUCAAUGUUGUGUUCUGACGUUGAUUUAACGUUGAAAUUUGGUAAUUUUUCAACGAGUAUUCUACAACACAAAUACAAAGUUGAAACAACAUCCCUUUUGACGUUUAAUCAAUGUUGGCUUCUGACGUUGAUUUAACAUUGAAAUUAGGUCAUUUUCCAACCAAUAUUCUACCACACAAAUACAACGUUGAAACAACAUGAUUUUUAACGUUUAAUCAAUGUUGUUUUGAUGUUGAUUUGACGUUGGAAUGUGGUCAUUUCCCAACCAAUAUUCUACAAAACAAAUACAACAUUGAAACAACAUGCUUUCAGACAACAUUUAAUCAAUGUCGGGUUCCAAUGUUGAUUUGACAUUGAAAUUUGGUCAUUUCCCAACCGACAACGUGGAUCCUACGUUGGACGUCAACAUUGUGUCAAUUUACAAAUACCAACUACUUUGCCGCGUUGUUUCAGAGUGUAGGUAUAAUCAACGUUGUAUCAAUGUCGGAAGUGCUGUCACCACAGCAGGAGGACAACACCAUUCAAGCAUGCAGUGGCAGUCAACACGCUUUUAUUUUGGCACGGCAAAAACAGUGAUGUGAAUUGCAAUAACGACACUAUUUUUAACAAAGUCUCACAGACAUGACAACAUCAGCCCAGCUUCCAAAAGACUGUUGAUGGAAAGAUUGAGCAUCAACUAAGAAUGUGUUUUUUUGUAUGGAAAAUAAAAUCUUACAGGAAUGUGCUUUUUUUGUAAGGAGAUAAGUAUAUAUUUGAAAGGGUUUGAAGAUACGGAAAGUGGGAAAAACUGUAAGGGUGGGCAGCAGUUCUCAUGUUGGCCAAGUAAACACAGUAAUCUUUUAGACUUACUAAGACAUCACUCAAUCAUUCUUGUGAUUUUGUUUUCUCCUGUUAAUUUGUUAGAACCCCAAGAAAACACAGGACAAAUAUCAAAGACACAAACAUGAGUGCUCAAAUCCUUUGUUUGCCCUCCAAGUCUUCCUUUGUCCUGAGUUUGGAAACAAUAUGUCAAAUGCAUUGGGAAACAAAAAUAUCAAGAUAUUUGUGAAAAUAGACCUGGGAAAUAUCGAUCUUAUCACGCUCGUAUCGAGCCGAUUCUGAUACAGCGCUCCCGUUGGUAUCGAUAAAAUUGCCGUUUGGAUCAAUCCGCCAUGUUCACUGAUGGUUAUUUUUACUCAUUAAUGCCUGACUAACACGUCACUUGUUGUAUUGUUUAUUAUCAUUUAAAAACAACCUGUUUUUUGUUUUUUAUUAUUAAACUGUAUCUCCAUUAUUGUACUGUGAUAUUAUUCAAUGCCACUAUUUGACACUGAACAAGCAUUUGUGCAUAAUUGUGACGACGGAUAUGAUAUCAAAGCAAAUGUGUAUAUUCUAAAAUAAAAACAAGAAUACUGUGA